CCCUGUCGAGUUGAGGACGUUGUAGUGUCGCAUGCGGCGCAGGGAAGAGGUCGGUUGUGCUUAUCAUUUGGCCCGUACGCACGCGCACGCGCACGCGCACGGCUAUGUUCUCUAGAGCUUAGAGAGAAGACUUAGCCGCAACUGUCGUCGGCGGCGAGAAUGGCCACACAAUCGCCGGUUCUAAAGGGCGGCGGAGCAGAUGAUAAACCCCUUCGCGAAGGGCCUGAACUAUCACAACCAAUAGAUGAAAUUUCAAUGAGUCAGGCUGCUGAUGGAUCUCAGCAAAAUCUGCCAUUUAUAACCCCAGAACCAAUAAGAGAAGAAGAAGUGCAAAAUGCUGUCAAGUUUUUGUCACAUCCAAAAGUGAGAGGUUCGCCUGUCAUUUACAGGCGCUCUUUUCUAGAGAGGAAAGGCCUAACAAAGGAUGAAAUAGAUGAAGCGUUUAACCGUGUGCCUGAUCCACCUCCGAAUGCUACAGCUUCUGAUUCUGGAGCCACAAAUCUGGCUACUCAGCCGAGAACAACUCUUAACCUGCAGCCCGAAGCUGCCAUUCAACCUCUCCCCGUUCAAGCUGGUGUUGUUCCUUUGUCUACAACUUUCCAUCAACGUAGAUUCAAUUGGUCCUAUGCUUUAUUUGCUAUUGGAGUGCUUUCUGCUUCUGGAGCUGGAACUGCCGUGCUCUUUAAGAAAGUGGUUCUUCCUAGAUUAAAAGCAUGGAUUAGAAAAGUGACAGCUGAGGAUGAUGCUUCCGAGAAAGAAGACAAAUCUAGUAAAAGCCUGGCUGAAGAAACAGCUGAAGCAGCCAAAGCAGCUGCCUCAGCUGCGGCUAUAGUUGCAACAGCUAGUCAAGAAUUGUUAAAUUCAAAAAAUGAAGAUCGAAAAUAUUUCGAAGCUUUUAUGGGAAUGAUAGAAGUGCAAGUAAAGGAAAUUAAAACCAUGAAUGAAGCUAUUCGUAAAUUGGAAAAGACAAGAGAGCAAGACCGGCUGAUAGAAGAGUAUUUCCAGUCCGCUUUGGCGAAUGGGACUACAAACAACUCUUGGAAUUCUUCACAGGUCCACCAAACAGAUACAACACCAAAUCACGUUAAAGUUAAUGGCACACCAAAUGCUGAAUAUGGAAAAGCUCCUCAAUCGUUAGCAUCUACUUCUGCGGAGCCCAUGACUGCUCCUCACCCAAAAUCAUAUAUGGAGAUCAUGGCUAUGGUUCAAAAAGGAGAGAUACCCUCAAACAUAAGGGAGAUCGACGAUUCACCCCCAAAUCCUAAUCAAUCACCAUCUAAACCACUCAUAGCGCCAAAAAAGAAGCCAUGGGAAUUUUCCCAACAAAGUCAUGUAGAGAAUGGACAAUCUCAAGAUGUUUCUUCGGACCCUUGGUCGAGAAACAAGUCUGUUAAGAUCACAGAACUAGAGUCUGAAGAUGAGGAGCCAUUAAGAAAAAUCCCUUACAGCACUGGUGCCAGCGUGAAGCCCUCGAGCCAACGAGUAUGGGUCCCUCCCCAGCCACCUUCUGUUGCCUUACCCGAGUCUGCAGCUGCCAUCAGACACCUAAAACCAUCACCACCUAUUCAGGAGCAGCAUUCUAAUGCGGAGAAGACACCCAAUGAUGGAAUUGCUGCUGGUUCUUCAAACUCAGGUCAGGAUAUUGAGUCACAUGGUAGUUCUUCGGUCGCUCCUCAUAAUAAUGAGAUAGCAGAAGAAGAAGAGGGAGCUUAUGUUAGUUGCUGAAUAAGAAAGCCCAACUCAUGGUGAAAUAAAUGAUAGUACGUUUUCUUGCUCCUUGGUUAAAACUAGAAAGAGAAUUUGUGUGUAAUUUCAUAUUUGUCUAAAUGCCUGCUUUUCUUUAA